AUGUAUUACUUUAUGGAUGUGUCAGAAAGUAGCGUUUGGGCUAAGGCUCAGGCAGCCUGGCCUGGUGGUGACACGAUUUUUGGGAAGAUCAUUCACAAGGAAAUUCCAGCCAAAAUCAUUUAUGAGGAUGACCACUGUCUCGCUUUCCAUGACAUUUCCCCUCAAGCACCAACACAUUUUCUGGUGAUACCCAAGAAACAUAUAUCCCAGAUUUCUGCAGCAGAAGAUAAUAGUGAAAGUCUUCUUGGACAUUUAAUGAUUGUUGGCAAGAAAUGUGCUGCUGAUCUGGGCCUGAAGAAGGGUUAUCAAAUGGUGGUGAAUGAAGGUUCAGAUGGGGGACAGUCUGUCUCUCGUGUUCAUCUCCAUGUUCUUGGAGGUCGGCAGAUGAAUUGGCCUCCUGGUUAA